AUGGCUCGUCUUUCUGCUGCCCGCUAUGGCAAGGACAAUGUCCGCGUUUUCAAGCGCGACAAGCUGGCAGAUGGCUCCGAGGAGGUCACAGAACUGACCGUGUGCUGCUUGCUGGAGGGUGAAAUCGAGGAGUCGUACACCAGGGCCGACAACAAGCCCGUCGUCGCCACGGACUCGAUCAAGAACACCAUCUUCAUCAAGGCCAAGGAGUACCCCAUCAACCCGAUUGAGCAGUUUGCCGCCAUGCUCGGCCAGCACUUUCUGGACACAUACUCGCACAUUUCGGCCGCCAACGUGGACAUUAUCAAGCACAAGUGGACGCGCAUGAUUGUCGACGGCAAGCCGCACCCCCACAGCUUCCACCGCGACGGCGACGACAAGCGCACCGUCGCCGCCCGCGUCACCCGCGCCGGCAUCGAGAUCAAGUCCUCCAUCCAGGACCUGCUCGUGCUCAAGAGCACCGGCUCCAUGUUUUACGGCUACGUGCAGGACGAGUUCACCACUCUCAAGGAGACCUGGGACCGCAUCCUCUCGACCUCGGUCGACGCCACCUGGACCUGGAAGACCUUUGCCACCGUCGCCGACGUCAAGGACAAGGUCGACGCCUUUGACAAGGCCUACAAGGCCGCUCAGGACAUCACCUUCAAGACUUUUGCCGAGGAGAACAGCCCCUCGGUGCAAAACACCAUGUACCUCAUGUGCGAAAAGAUUCUCGAGGCCGUGCCCGAGACGGCUGCCGUCUCGUACGCCUUGCCCAACAAGCACUACUUUGAAGUCGAUCUCGCAUGGCACAAGGACGUCAAGAACACUGGCAAGGACGCCGAGGUCUACGCUCCCCAAUCGGGACCCAAUGGUCUGAUCAAGUGUGAAGUUACAAGAGAUUAG